CGCUCGUGAUUGUCUGUUGUGCAUGAGCGGCUCAGGACGUAGUGCCGGCUUCCGGGUCAGCUGAUCCCAGCGGUGUGCGUGCUUAUCCCCUGACACAGCCGGCUUCCGUCUCUCGUAGCCGGUGGGGCCUCCGUUCGGGCUGCCGCUAGUGUGUAUGGCUUCCCUGUCCCAGCUGGCAGCCUGGCUCUCCCAAACCGCGGCUGUCCGGUCCUACGGGCUCGUCUCCAAAAACCUGAGCCGCUCCCUGCUGGUCUUCUUCAGACUGGCCUAUAGGCUGGGGAUCACGUUCCCCUAUCUGUACACGAUCACCUCCAUGCUGCUCAACGUCAGGCUGCAGGUCCACAUUGAAAUUCACUAAGAUCCGAGAAGUUGCUGCUGAGAAAGACCUGGGCAGAAAAUUAAAGACAUACGAGACGUUUCAUAAAAUGGAUGGCAAGUGCUGCGUUCAUCGUGGUCAAAGCAGUGAAGGUCCUCC